CCCCUCGGGCGGGCGCGGCGGAAGAUGGCCGGGCAAGUUGGGAGCGACUCGGCUCGGAGCGGUGGAGGCCGCGGCGUCGUGAUUUCAGACAAUUGGCCCGGAUACAGUCUGGAUUUGUUCACUUAUCCUCAACACUACUACGGAGAUCUGGAAUAUGUGCUCAUACCUCAUGGCAUUAUUGUUGACAGGACAGAACGAUUGGCCAAAGAUAUUAUGCAAGACAUUGGAGACAAUGAUAUUGUGGUUCUCUGUGUCCUUAAAGGUGGCUACAAGUUCUGUGCUGACCUUGUGGAGCACAUUAAAAAUCUCAGCAGAAAUUCAGAAAGGUUCAUCUCCAUGAAAGUCGAUUUUGUUAGACUGAAAAGUUACCACAAUGACCAGUCUAUGCAAGAUAUGCAGAUAAUAGGAGGAGAGGAUCUUUCAAAGCUUACUGGGAAGAAUGUUCUCAUUGUGGAGGAUAUCGUUGGAACUGGAAGGACUAUGAAGGUUCUGCUUAAUAAUAUAGAAAAAUACAAGCCAAAAAUGAUUAAAGUGGCAAGUUUGUUGGUGAAAAGAACAUCUCGGCCUGAUGGGUACAGACCAGAUUAUUAUGGAUUUGAAAUUCCAGAUUUAUUUGUGGUAGGUUAUGCCUUAGACUACAAUGAGCACUUCAGAGAUCUAAAUCACAUAUGUGUCAUCAAUGAUCAUGGCAAAGCAAAAUACAGAGUCUGAAAGGUUAACAUCCUCACAUGAAGAUCUGUGCUCAGUGAAGCAGAAAUUUGACCACACUCCCUCGAGCGUCUCCCAGAGGAGCAGUUCAACUGGCUUGUGUUUCUUUCAACUCAGUAUACUAAGGGCCUUACUCUAGACAUACUGAUUGAUACUUACAGAAGUGAGAGCUCUUACUUAAAAUGUGAAGUAGAAGGCUUUUAAAGUUAUUACCUUUUUUAAAGUAUUAAAAUUACUGCACAAAAUGCCUUUUGACUUAUAUUUUUUCUGCCUUAGGUCUCAUUGUGAAUGGAUGUUUUCCUCCCCUAGUCCCUCACCCGUACCCAUCGCAACCCAUGUGCUUCUCUGUGUUGCAUGAGUCAUUCAAAAUGCCAUUCUGUGUAUUGAGGUGAUGUUACAGUAUUUUAUUGACUUCAGGACCCCUUCUGUCUUGGUCAGAUACGCUGCUGCCAAAUUGAAAGCGUUGUUUCGAUAGAAUUCCACAAUUCCGAAGUUUCAGCUGAAGCUGUAUGUUGUAUCACAGAAUGGUAUGAUGGUGCAUUUCUAGCACUAGUUCAUUACUGCCUCUUCUGAGCAGAAAUUUUCACUCUCAGAAUGCACCAAACUGGUACAAAGUGAAGCCUUGCAGGACGCUGGUUAUCUGAAAUUGGAAGAUGUUGUGGUUUCGUAGCCGUAGAUGUAACCUGUUUAAUGUGCUGAAUUCCAAUCGAAUGAAAACAAUGCCAGGCAGGUUUCAGUGUCUGGUAUCCUUUUACUUCCAUAGGACACAAACAAGAGCCAAACAUAGUGUUCUGUGCAUAUAUUCUUAAUUAAACCUCACUAAGAACACAAGUUUAAUGCUCAUCAAACAACUGUUGAGCUAUGACUUGAUUUCUGUAGCAUAUCUUGAGACUUUUCUAACCAUUUGCCUGCCUUUAAGAAUACAGAUCUGACAAAGUUGGAGAAGACUUGUAAAAGAAAAGGGUACAGGUAAACAUAGAAAACAAUCUGUGAAUACUGCAGACUCUAGAGAUUCCUUCCAUCCCUUAUACAUCAUGUUUGAAGGAGUUUGUUAACUACAUGCUGUAUUAAAUGUGAAAAUUUUAGUUCUGUACUGUACAUGACCGUUCUGAACAACUUUGAGGGAAGCCAAUGCAAAGUAGCUGUGUGUCAGUAGCUUUGCUCUGAACUCCAACAGGCAGACUGUUACUAACUUUAGGUUCUUUAAUAAAGAAAACUGUAAGAAUA